CAUUUCCAACCCUAGCCUUUCCACAGGGAUGCAUAGAUGGCAUUCUCACAUGAAGUAUAUACCGUCUACAGACUCUAUUUUUGAGUUCGUCGAAAUCGCAAGCAAAAUAUUUAGAUAUUUAUAACCGCGUGUUAUCAAUGAAUGGUCAUGAAUGAGUUAAAACUCAACGGGGUGACGCUGGCGAAACACGGUCAAAUUUUCCUUGCGUGAGUCCCCGCUGACACUUGGGACGAGCGGGAGGAUAAGAUCACGAGAAAUCCACGAGGAUCGAUCACGAGAAUAUCAUCCAAGCUAAGAACCUUGAGCUGCACUGCAGGCUAAGUUGACGGGCACAACAGCAAACGGGAAUCACGGGGAAGUUGUGCAGUGUCAUCCACGAAGAAUAGACGUUACGUUUACUUGAGAAUUACUAGGGGAUAGCACUUCAGUCCAGGACUUUGUCAGCUGGAAAUGAAUAGUGUACAAUUCAUCUUUACCCUUGCCGUUGUUCCCCUGGUGUUGAGUCAAUAUAAACCAACGUGGGAAUCACUGGACUCACGACCUCUCCCCUCUUGGUAUGAUGAGGCUAAGUUUGGUAUUUUUAUGCAUUGGGGAUUGUACUCAGUACCAAGCUUUGAAACCGAAUGGUUUUGGUACCGCUGGAAGCAUCAACAGAGAGUAGACUUUGUGGAAUUCAUGAAGGAAAACUAUCCACCAGGCUUUGAGUAUGCAGACUUUGCUCCAAUGUUCAGGGCGGAGUUCUUUGACCCUGAUGCAUGGGCUGACCUUUUGACAAAGUCUGGUGCAAAAUAUUAUGUCCUGACCAGUAAACAUCAUGAAGGGUGGACAAAUUGGAGAUCAAAUGUAUCAUGGAACUGGAACUCUGUUGACAAUGGACCUCACAGGGAUCUUGUGGGGGAGCUAGCAACUGCCAUAAGAAGUAAAACCAACAUCACUUUUGGAUUGUAUCAUUCCCUCUUUGAAUGGUUCCAUCCCCUGUAUUUGAAGGAUCGUAAAAAUCACUUUGAAACACAGGACUAUGUCAAGGAAGUUCUCAUGCCAGAGCUGCAUGACCUGAUCAACACAUAUAAGCCUGAUUACUUGUGGUCAGAUGGUGCACAUGGACCUGACACAUACUUUGAAAGCAAGGAGUUCCUUGCAUGGCUUUAUAAUGAAAGCCCUGUUAAAGACACCAUUGUGACAAAUGAUCGUUGGUGUAGCAGUGGAUGUCGUUGUCAUCAUGGUGGAGUGUACACUUGCAAGGAUCGUUACAAUCCAGGCAAACUUCAGAGUCACAAAUGGGAGAAUGCAAUGACAGUGGACAGGGGUUCAUGGGGUUACAGACGUAAUGUGGACAUAAGCUCGUAUUUGACCAUCACUGAAUUGUUAGAUCAACUGGCUUCUACUGUAAGUUGUGGUGGUAAUAUGUUGUUGAAUGUUGGUCCGACGGCAGACGGCCGCAUAAUACCUGCAUUUGAGGAGCGUCUGCUGGAGAUGGGAGAGUGGCUGUCUGUGAAUGGUGAAGCUAUUUACCACACCAAACCAUGGAGAGUUCAGAAUGACACUGACGAGAAAGUUGUCUGGUUCACGUCCAAAGCUGGUGCUGUGUAUGCCAUCAUCCUUGAGUGGCCGGCUACAACUAACCUCACUCUUGUUAAUCCAAUGGCGACCAAUCACACUACAGUUACCAUGUUGGGUUAUGAAGGAAAGUUUGACUGGAAACCAGCAGGUGACAAAGGUGGUAUAAUUGUCACUUUUCCUGCCAUCCCUAUAAACAAGCUUCCUUCCAAAUGGGCCUGGGUUCUGAAGAUGGAAAACAUUAAGUGAAAUUAUAUCAACUGCUGUUAGAUUGUAGCCUGGGGACUUUCAUAUUAACAGGAUUGGAUGCUCAUCAGAAAAUUUCAAUAAUACAAUUAUUAAGGAAACCAGUCAAGAUGACUGGCUCAAGAUUUGACUCCUGGAAUGAUACCAUUCUAAAACAGAUUAACUAAUAUAUAAGAUCAAGCUAUUUAUAUGAAAUGAUGGUAAUGAUGUUGGCAUUGAAUGCUUUCAUCUAGAUGCACAAAUAUAAAUAAUUUCGUACCAGAUCAUUGUAAACCGCCAACUCAGUUAAUGACGGCAUGCAACCCUGAAAGAUGCAAUGAUGGGUAAAAGCGUUGUUUUUUUGUUGUGAACACCUUAAGUGAUAACAAAUGCAAAUUUACAACUUGAAGGAGACAUUUACAGAGAGGAUGAGCAUCUUCACCCCUUUCAGAUGGAAGCCCCAUACCCCUCCAGGGAUUUUACAUUGUUCCUGCAAGUUAGAGAGCUUUUAAGUGACAGUUGUGAAACUAAACCAAGGUAAUCGCAACUAACCAAUUACAGCAAACGCUCCAAUGAACCGAUCAAAAAUUGAUGAAAAGCUGUACAACUCAUGCUUGCUAAGAGUGGAAAAACAUGUAUAAGCAAAGGUACCGUUGUCUUGAAGUUUGCUUACAUGUUUGCUAUGAUCGGUUAGCACGUGAUUCACGAGGGUUUUUUUAACCUGAAGUAUAUAUAGUAAUUUUAAUUACUAUAAGCAUUUAAUUUUGCAUUAAAAAAUGCAAAAUUAUAGCAGGAUUACAUGUAAUUGCUUUCAACAGUCAGUUAACAAACUUUUGAGACACGUGUCAGAAAUUUAUGGCAAAUAGUAGAGGUUAGAAUAAUGUUUUUGUACUUGAAUUAGAUUUGAUCUAUUCAUGGGCUUAAGUGCUAUUACUACAAAGGGAAUUGUACUGUGCGGUGAAUGUUUAUAAAUAUAUAUAAAAUAUAUGGCGUUUUUAAAUCAGCAAGUCGUGGUCUAAGUGAUAUGAUAUUUAUCGAACAACAACAAAAACAACACACACACAUUUUAUUAUCUUACAUUCUGUAUUCAGAAUAAGAAUGAUUGAGCAGGCUAGCUCAGUGUUAAAUAACUCUUUGUUAGUUCGAGGGAAAGCUUUGUUUCACGGUGUUCCUUUGAUGUUAUUUGACAAGUUGUACAAAACGUAAAUAUCAAGCGGUCUCGAUAAACAGGAAAAUGAAGACAGAAGUUUCUCGCCCAGCAAUAUUUUUGUCUAUAGAAAAGUGUUUUGUAAGAAAGUCAUUUUGAAUUUACGUGGCCUUGAUUACAAAACCCCUUCUAUACUGACGUCAUAACUGGCUUAUUGACCAGAACUGUAUUUUAAAUGCACUGGUACAUACAUGUACAUCUUUAUCCACAGUUAUUGGUAGUAUUUUUGUAACUUGGGGUUUAUAACUGUAAACUAGCCUUAUAGAUAGACUACAAUUUAUUAACGUAUUUGUUUUGUAACAGAUUAUGCUGAAAAUAAAUAAAGGUAUAUUCAGUAAUGAAUAGUA